GUCCGCAUUUCGCUGUUCGCCGCUCGUUCUUCGUUGAUCGUUCUUCGCCGCCGUUCGCUGUUCGCCGUCGUUCGUUGCCGUUCGUUUCGGUUCUCAGCUGUUUGCAAAACGCGAAAGCCAACGGUAAAACACUUAAGCGUAAUCGAUAAGUCCUUCAAUCGAUCCUUAAGCCGAUUGCGCAAGUGUAAAGUGCAAGAGCUGUAAAAAUGUGUGUGUGAGUGAUUCAGUAUGUGUGACGCGCGCCAAUAAGAAGAAGUGAAAAAGAAAAAUGGAUAACGAUUCGCAUACACAAGACAAUCAUCGAGGCUCAGUGUCCUCGAACAAAUCACUGGAAAUACCCGUUACACCCUCGCGUUCCCCCAAAAAAGUCUCAUUCUCAGACGAGCUUCCCAGCAGCAGCAGUUAUACGCCCAGCAGCAAUCCAACAGGACAGCCUGAGGAGCCCAGUGGCGUCAGCCAAGUGCUGCAACAGGCUGUGCAGUAUUUGGAGCGUAUGCAUGGCACACAUGAUUAUACACAGAGCAAAGAGGAAGUGUUCGAACAGUUAACGCCAGCAGCAGUGCUCGACUUGGAUGCGGUGUCUGUUAAAAUGGAAUCCCCCAGGCUAUCGGCCACCUCACCCAGCAUACUCAUCGCUGAGCCAGGCAAUGGGAAUGGAAAUGCUAGUGACGCGAAUGGUGGUUACGGCAAGCAGGAAAUGCUGGCGUAUGAGCCGCAAUCGAAUUUGUACAUGGAACGAUACAAGCUUAAUUUAGAUAAAAACUGCAGCUCUAUGGAGCUGGAGGCGCGACGGGAGAAACAGCGUUGGCUGUUGAUAUCGGAGUGCAGUGCUCGCUUCGGCGAGGGAAAACACACAAGAGAAGCGUUCCGCAAACUGUUUCUGGAUGAGGAAUUUCAGCAGAAGCUCUUCCAACUCUUUGAUCUGGAACGUAAUGGAUAUUUACUACAAGAUCGCUGGAUCGAGCACCUGAAGGGUCGUCUCACCGACGAUCGGCAAAUGGACUUUGCUGAGCAAAUUGAAUCUGUGGCCUAUGUCAUCUGCGGCGAUAAGAGCCAAGUGAGCUUUAAGAACUUUCGCGAUAUCUGGCAUACCCGAGGCAUAUUGGACAAACUCUAUCGCUUGAUUGACAAUGAUGGCACGAAUCUAAUAUCAACCAAUCAAGUUAUGGAGUUCAUAUCGCAUUUAACCAACUCCAGACCCCGCACAGGCUUUGACAAGAGCUCUUUAGCUCGACUGGAGCAGCUCUUUCGCAACACUGUGGGCAAUGAUCAGGAAAUACGACGCGAGGAGUUUCAGAAAAUUGUCACCUCCAAGAAUCCCUUUUUCACAGACCGCGUGUUCCAAAUCUUUGACAAAGAUAACUCGGGCUCGAUAUCACUGCAGGAGUUUAUAGAUGCCAUACAUCAGUUCUCAGGACAAUCCGCUGAUGAUAAGAUACGCUUUCUGUUCAAGGUCUACGACAUAGAUGGCGAUGGCCUUAUACAGCACAAAGAGCUGCACGAUGUGAUACGACAUUGCAUUAAGGAGAAUGGCAUGGAGUUCUCCGAGGAUCAGAUUGAGGAUCUAACCAGCGCCAUGUUUGAGGAUGCCGAUCCGCACAACAGCGGCGAAAUCACCUAUGAAGCACUCAAGAAUCAGCUGCACAAGCACGGAGGUCUACUCGAGAAUCUCAGUAUUACCAUUGAUCGCUGGCUGGUGCCCAUUGCAGAGGAGGUGCCGGCGAGCAAGAAGACUGGAGGAUUGUGGAAUAAAAUACCUCACCAGCUGACGCUGGCUUACAUGAAGAACAAUCAGGUGUUUGUCUCCUAUCUGUUCUUCUACAUUGCUGUCAAUUUGUGUCUCUUUAUCUCGCGUGCCAUUCAAUAUCGCGAAAGCAACGGCUUCGUCAUCAUUGCCAGAGCUUGCGGACAAUGUCUCAACUUUAAUUGCGCCUGGGUUUUAGUUUUAAUGUUAAGGCAUUCAUUGACUUAUCUACGUUCGCGAGGAUUAUCCUCGUUUCUACCCCUCGAUCAUCAUGUCUAUCUGCACAAGCUGACGGGCAUCACAAUCUCGGUGUUUAGCUUGGUGCACACAAUAAUGCAUCUGUUCAAUUUCUCCAUUAUUGUGAUCAACGAUCCUAAGAUCAAUGCUGGUCAUUACACCAUUACCGAGUGGUUGCUCACUGAUCGUCCUGGAUUGUUUGGCCUCAUCCCUGGCUGUGCUAAUCCCACUGGAGUGGCACUCUUGACCAUUUUGCUGGUAAUGUUUGUUUGCUCGCAGCCGUUUGUGCGUCGCAAGGGCAGCUUUGAGAUUUUCUACUGGACGCAUCUGUUGUAUGUGCCUUUCUGGAUAUUGACGUUGUUCCAUGGUCCCAACUUCUGGAAAUGGUUUCUGCUGCCUGGAUUAGUGUACUCCGUGGAGCGUGUGUUGCGCUUUGUCUGGAUGCGUGGCGAGCAUGGCAAGACGUACAUUAGCUCGGGUCUGUUGCUGCCCUCCAAAGUCAUUCAUUUGGUCAUCAAGCGACCGUACAAUUUCAACUUUCGUCCAGGCGAUUAUGUGUUUGUCAACAUUCCAGCGAUUGCGAAAUACGAGUGGCAUCCGUUCACCAUCAGUUCGGCGCCCGAGCAAGAGGACUACAUGUGGUUACACAUACGCACCGUGGGCGAGUGGACAAAUCGCCUGUAUCGCUACUUUGAGCGUGAGCAGCAAAAGCUGCAUAAAGGUGAAGUCAAUCAGCAUAUGCACGCGAUUCCCACGCCCAGUUUCAUGCUGCUGAAUGAGACACGUAAUCCUGCCAUGGCCGACAAGACGCGGCUUUCGCAAACGCAAACGACAACGCCACAAACGGAUUUCCUGGCACGCAACAUGGCCAGCAUCACUUUAAAUGCAUCCACGCCACCGCAGCGUCCACCGCGGCAACAUCGCAAGCUGGCGGCAAGUCCGCCAGAGGCUGCAAACACCACGGGUGUCAAUCGUAUACGCAGCAUUAAGAAGUCACUGCAGCGCACCUUCUCUCGCAAGGAGACGGCUGAGCCAAAGCCAAAACCUAACCAGGUUACUGGUAUUUCGAAUGGUGCUUUCGUUGGGGAUGCCGGCGAGCGGGAAGAUCUAAGCAUGAAGCAACGGCCGCUGGAGAAGAGCAUCUCCUUGCCCGACAUUAGCAUGAAGAGCAAGAAGCGUAGCCGACUCAAGGCCCUGCGCGCCUUGGGACGAUCCGAAUCGGAGCGUGCCUUUGAUGACAAGCGCAUGCUACGCGCUCGGCACAACAGCGUGGGCUUGGCCUACCUCAGUCCGCAGAACAAGUCGCUGGCGCAGAGUUUCCGCUACAUGCGCAACAAGCCCACAAUCAUUGCAUUCAAGACGCCCAGCGUGGAGCAAUGUGAUCUUCAAUUGGCGACCACAGGGGAAACCAACGGUGAGCACGGAAUGGCAGAGCAGGGACGUCUCUCACGGGCAGAGAGUGCGUCAGACAACAAGUUGCAGUUGACACGACUAAGCGUGACCACGGAUGACAGGCCGUUGGAGGAUAACACUCACAUGGGCGCGGGUUGCAGAAAGUCACGCUUGCGUCGUCCCACAUUUCUGCGCACGUUGUCCACAUCCAUAACAAAUCGGUCAAACAUGGGCAACGGUGGUAUUGGCAGUUCCACAACUAACAGCGGUAGCAAGGUCACACUCGAUGCGGGCGUCAUGGAGAUCUUCAUUGAUGGGCCAUAUGGUGCACCAUCGAGCCACAUAUUUGGUGCUCAGCAUGCGGUGCUCAUUGGCACAGGAAUUGGCGUGACGCCUUUUGCAUCCAUACUGCAGUCGAUUAUGCAUCGCUACUGGAAGGCGCGGCACAGUUGUCCACGCUGUCAGUUCGAGUGGGCGAGCGAGAUACCCAAGUCUGUGAUGAAUCUGCGCAAGGUGGACUUUUUCUGGAUCAAUCGGGAUCAGCGCUCGUUCGAGUGGUUUGUCAAUCUGCUGUCGCAGCUGGAGAUCGAGCAGGCAGAGUUGGGUGGCGCCAUGGAGCGAUUCCUGGACAUGCACAUGUACAUUACAAGCGCGCUGCAGCGCACGGACAUGAAGGCGGUGGGUCUGCAGCUGGCGCUGGAUCUGCUGCAUGAAAAGGGCAAACGAGAUCUGAUCACUGGACUCAAGACACGCACGAAUGCAGGACGACCCAACUGGGACAAGGUGUUCAAGCAGCUGCAGGCACAGCAGAAGGGCAAGGUCACGGUGUUUUAUUGCGGUCCGCCUCAGCUGGCGAAGACGCUGCGCGUCAAAUGCGAUCAGUAUGGAUUCGCUUUUCGUAAGGAGUGCUUUUGAGAUUAGAAUCCUUUGCAUUCACAAUGUUUAUCUCAUGUUUUUUUGGGUUUGGUAUCUCGUUUUCCCAAUCUAAGUAGUACCAUAGUAUAUCCACUUAUAUAUAUAUAUAUGCUGUAUUUAUUUGUCCUGUGUCUCGUAUUUGUCUGUGUCUUAUGUAUUGUCCACCAAGCUUGUAAAUAUCUUAUAUAUCACUAUAAAGUAGAAAACACAUGAUUAAUUAAUUAAUAAUAAUAAAAUGUUGUUACUCAA